CCUAUAAUUUUAAUUUCUUCCCACAAGCCCUAGUUUUCAAUUUAAGGUACAUCUUUUCUAUCUUAAAUUUUCUCAGAGCGAUCCUUCUAGUUCUCUUAUGCGAUCUCACUGGUUGCUUGUUGGUAGGCUAAAGAACCAGAAGGGACUAAAACUUAUUUUCCAUCUUGGUGUUGUAGCCAUGGCUGUUGAUGAUGAUGUGACAGAAGGCUUUGUUUCUUCAUUGGGUAUCAGUUCUAUCAAGUCUGAGCAGGAUGGGGAAAUGCUUUCAGCCGAAGAUGUUGCCUGGGCAGAUUCUUGUCUGACCAAAGAUCCUGAAGUAUUAGACAAUGACUGGGAUUCUAUGAAAGAGGCAUUAUUGGAAACUCUCAGUGUUCAACACGACUCAUCAGCCCAUGACGAAGAUGAGUUUUCUGAACAGCCAAAAAUGGAGACUUCUUCUUCUAUCGAGUUAACAGACGAUAUAAAUAAUUCAAGUAAACCAGACAUCAGCACUACAGCCAGUAACGAGGAAGCAGAACCAAGCAACGGUGAUCAGUCAAUUCAUGAGGAAACUGAUGAUUUCUGGUCCAGACAUAAGAUGGAAGAUGUUUUCCUUCCUUCAUACAAUGAAAGUUUUAGAAACCUGGGAACUUCUGAUACCAAGGAGGAUCUGUUUGUUCAAGAACUCCAAUUGGAUCUAUCUACUGAAGACAUAUUCAAGGUAUGGGAUUUAAACAUUCCUUCUGAGGAUGACGACGACCUUACUAAACGGUUGCAUAAGGCUCUUGAACAGAGUUCGUCUGAGCCAACGACUUCAGUUUCUGAUCAGUCUAAAGCAUGGAAAGGCUUGAAUGAUGAUGAGUCACUUGAUGAUCUGAUUUCCGGGAUAGCAGACCUCUCAUUGAGUCCGACUUCUCGCUGACUAUUUGUCGAGUCCGACUUCUCGCUGACUAUUUGUCGAGUCCGACUUCUCGCUGACUAUUUGUCGAGUCCUAAUAUCUCAUAGCUCAAGAGUAGCUUAAAUGCCUGGGCUUUGUGUCUGUUAGUUUUAUGUUUUCAUAUUUGCAGAAUCUUUCCAUCAUUUUAUCAUCUUUGAGCAUGCUGUAUAUUUCUUUUCCAGUGAUACUAGUCUCAGCAGAUAAUUAUUUUUUUCUUUAAAUAGAAUCUUUUGAGGAAAACUUAUGUCCUAAAUUACAAGAUUUGUGUUGGAAUGAUGUAUAAAGCAACAAUUUGUUGGUGGCUUGA